AUAGCAAACUAUCGUGUAUAUAAACAUUACUUUCUCCAAUGUAUAAGUUUCAUUAUAAUUCAUUUAACCGUUCCAUGCUUAUUAAGCAAAUUAAUUUUUAUUAAUUUGUGGCGAUGAGUUUGUCAAUAAUCUAUCAAUUGUACGUGAAAAACGAUAAUAAUGUUUUGUUCAAUAUAUCGUGAUAUCCAUCUGCAAAGGGAACACCCUUAAAAAAGUAUAUAUCUAGCAUCGAAAAUGGUCACGCUACAGGAUAUUAGUAUGCAGCUUAUGAAACCAGCAAAAGAUCUUGCUGAUUGGAAAUUUCCAUUGUCGCAGGUUUUAGAAGAAUAUUAUGCAUUAUUAGAAGACCCGUGUAAUAUAAACUUUGGGGAAGCAGCACUCGUUCUCCAAAAUUCAACUAACGUAUACGUGCGCAGAAUUGAAUGUCUUUUGAAUGAAAUAGAAGUUCUAAAACAAAUAUUUUUUGUCUACGAGGAAGAAGAAAUAAAAAAGAGUAGAGAAAAGAGGGUUCCAAAAAAAGUGUAUAUUGAUCUUGAGAAUUUUGUUAUUAGAGAUUUAGAAGCACAUGUAGGGAAGAACAUAAAUAAAAGAGAUCAAUUGCAAACACAAAAGAAGAUUAAAUUAUUAAGUCACCGUUUUACUCAAUUAGAAAACAAUGUAGCUCAGUUGUGUAAUCACUCCAUUCAUGUGUACGACGUGCUAGGGGAAAUAAUUGGAAAGAAAUAUGAUUUUCGGUGCAACCAAGCUAUAAAUACGAGUGGAAUGUUGGUGGAUGAAUUAACACCUUACGAUUUUACUCGCGUGCACAGUUCUCGCGUACAAAAAGGAAGAAAUUCUUUAUCGUCAUAUUCUGAACCAAAAACACCUGGUACUGGAACAUCAGGAUACCAGUCCGCCACGUCGUUAAACGACAAUGAAUUUCUUACAUCUAUUCACGAAGAAUUUGAAGAGGAUCAUGAUUUUUCUUUGCAAAUGGAAGACGAUUUCGCGGCGAACGAAUCCCAUAUCGUGGAAAAAGAAAACAUAAUAAAUAGAGAUCGUGGAAUUCCUUUUGCUAACUCUAAUAUUUCACCGUUUAUUGCCGAGAAUGUUGCUUCCAAGAAACAGCAUACACAAAAUAACUUACCGCAAGAUCCUGUAGAUAUUAAUGAUGUUAAUUGUAAAGAAACCAAUCAAACUAAAAGAAAGCAUCAGAAUGAAAAUUCAGGGCAAACAACUCGAAUUGAGGAAUGUCCAAAGAAUAAAAAAUACAAAAAAUGUGGAGCUACCGAACGAAUGGCGAAUGAUAGCAAGCAGUCGCUAGAUCGUAUUUCUAAGGAAGAUAAACUACGAAUUGCUGAAAUGGAUAAAUUAGACAGUAUCCAAUGGAAGGAAGGAUUAUUUGGCAUGCAGAAAAAAGGGAAUCAAUCGACGAAAAUAUCGAUAUGUUCUGUAGACGAUGUAAAUGAAUUUGACUGGAAACCAAUGCCGUUUAUUCAGGGAAUGAAAAGUGAAUGUUUCGAGGAUCCAUCCGUUUUGAAGCUUCCAGAAUACUUUUCUCUCUUAGAAACAAAAUUUGGCUCAAAGAAACGCAAGGUCGUGUCAAAAAUAUACAAACCAGAGUGUUUGACAAAGCUUAUUUCAUAUGAAGCCGGAUUACUUACGAUUAAGGAAAAAGAUUUCAUUUUGCGAGCAAAGAAGCAAUUUAAAUGCUUGCACAAAAAGGAAUUGGAGGAUUUUAUAAAAAACUGUGACGAUUGUUUAAAUAUAACAAGAAGAGAUUAUGAUACUUCUGGACACAAAGCUACGAGAAAUGUAAUUCUCGAUUUAUUAGACUUUCGUAUUGCUCAAAAUCAAAACAAUUUCAUCGAAAAUGAUACCGAAGAGAUUCCAAGCAGAAAUUCUACGCCUAGCGACUUACAAUUGCAAUCUAUUUCUCAUAACUCACUCGAUAUCACUGAACAAUCCCAUAACUUAUGCGAUAGCUGGUAUGAACCUUCAGUCUCGGAAAUUGAUGUGUCUUAUUCGCUACCGGAUUAUCAGUCGUUGAUCGAAGGUAAAAUGAAAGAAAUUUUCGAAGAAUCUAACGUCGCAACCGAAUUAGAUCAAGCUGUUGCCAAGUGGCAUGCCUCUCUGCAGUCGAAACUGUCCGAGGCUGAAAUAAGGCCUACAUUUCGAAUUCACGACUACACUGCUCGUAUAAUGGGAACUCUACAGGCACUGGAUCAAAAGAAGAUCAAUUUCGACAGCGUCGUUCGCGACAAACCUGCUUGCGAAGUAGCUAGAUAUUUUCUAGCUUCGUUGCAAUUGGCUAAUACGUACGACGUGGAAAUAGAAACAAAAAACAGUGAUAGUAGUAUAGAAAUAACGUUACUCAGCGACGGAAAAGAAAGUGAGACAUGUUGAAAUUAUCUUUGCUACCGGUGAUACAGUUAAUAAAAUAAUUUUUCAAAUACUUGAAAUACGUGUUAUAUAUUUGUUUUUUUUUUAUACAAAAGUCAAUUCUGUACUAAAAUAUAUCUGCUUUUAAGUAUGGCUAUAUGGCCAUUUAGGCCAUCGACCAACGCCUUACCACGCUAUGUCUUGGAUAAAAUCAAAUAACUUCUACCUCAAACUUUCUUUCCUAUCUUUGGCAAUAUAGUAGUUAUCCAGGUGACUUGUCGUAAGUGCCCUGAUAAUUAAUAAUCUAAUAAAUAAAGCAUUAAAAAAAAAACAACCGUAUUAGGCUUACAAAUGGUUAGGAAACACUUUGAUAUUUUUCAAUUCGUUGAUAAGGAACUGACAAUCAUGUUUAUUUCUCUUGAUAAAAGAUCUUGCGAAA